UAGGCUAUUUCUUUUUGUAUCAGUGCGGUAUUGAUAUAGCCUAAUUAGUAAUAUAGUAGUAUGUGAAGCCUAUCCUAAGCCUAAUAAUUAGUAUAUAUAGGUAUAUAGUAAUUACCGGUACUCAAAUUAUAAGAUUUGAAUAGUUUCAGAGUGACAAAAGUCAAAUUAUUGUCUGUACAACAGUACAUUAAAAAUAUCUGGGAGUUAUUUUCAUCAUGGACAUUUCGGAUAUAGUUUCAAAAUCUCGAGAUUUUGUUGAUGAUAUUGAGAAACUUCGAUGUUAUUGGGAGAGCAAGACUCACUGGCACGUCAGAAAAACAUUUCUUCUUCACAACUGGGAUGACUUCAAGGAUAAAGAUCGUUUAAUUUGUCUUUCUCAAGCAUGGGUCAAUGUUCAUUUUUGUGGAAAUAGAUAUCCCCAAGAAGUGAUGGACACAUUGAAAGAUAUGGAAGAAGGACUCGAACCUCCAGAUAAAAUGCUCCGGGAUGCAGAGAUCCAGGUGAUUGGAAUUGUUGAUGAUACACCAAGAAUGAAAAACAUGCACGAUACUUCCAAAUUACCACAUACUAUUUUUCCAAUGAGAUUUGUAAAAUCAGGCACAGGAAAUACAAAAAUAUCUGACAAUAAAUUGUCAUCAGAUCAAAUUGAUGAACAAUUAAGUAAAACAAAAAAUGUGAAUGUAAAUAAAAGGUCAAAUGAAGAUGAAAUUGAAGAUGUGAUAGAAAUAAAACGAACGAAAGUUGAUGGAAAUAUUACAAGUCAACCAGAGUCUCAAAAAGAAAUCAUUAAUAAAAAUUUUACUCAGCCAACUUUAAUCACGAAUAGAGUACCAACAAUGCCUACGGAUGCAACGUGUGUAAAAAUUAAUUUGAAUUCAGAAGAGUAUGAAAAGUUGAAAAAUUUCAUUAUUCGCAAAAAAGUGAACGAAUCUCCUUUAUCUGUUAUACAAUCAUCUACUUCAUUUUGUCGCAUCUCAGAAGAAUAUGUUUUUGAACAACAAUACGAUGAUGAGGUUAUUAAAAGUCACAGUUGUUCAUUAUAUCUGGGUGGUGUCUUAGUAGGAAAGGCAUUUGCUAAUCAGAAGAAGUCAGCAAAAUAUGCAGCUGCCUUUUCAGCACUGGAAUUAUUACAAACAACGCAACCAACUAUAUUAGUUUCUCAACCUGGGGAUCUAGACAGUGCAAUAUCAAGGGAUGACAUUGCUUCGAAGACUGGUUCUGCGGCUGGACAGAAAAUAUCAGAUACAAAUUUAGGAAAUCAAUUGCUACGAAAGAUGGGAUGGAAAGGUCAAGGUGGUCUUGGGAAAACAGGUUCAGGAAUAUCUGCACCAGUAACUGUGAAAGAAACAUAUGGCAGAUUUGGUCUUGGUGUAGAAGAUAUUGGAAAAAAUAUAAUAAGGUUUAGAGAAGCUGACAAUGUUAUCAGAAAUUAUGCCUCUUCACAAAGGACAGAUCAUCUUACAUUUUCUCCUGAGCUUACAAACAUAGAACGAGCAAAGAUCCACAAACUCGCUAAAAAGUAUGGACUCCGUAGCAAAUCAUAUAACAAAGAUGAUAUCAGAUAUCUUGUUGUUUCAAGAAAAAUGUCUGCUACUGCAUUACUUGACAAACUGAAACGAUCAGGUGGAAAUAUCAAAGGCGCUCAACUUAUUGAUCCAAGACCAACCAAUAUGCAAGAAAGCAAGUGAAACAUUUACGGUAGUUAAAAAACGGAAUGCAGGAACCCAUCAGAGUAUGAACCCUUUUGGCAUUUAAAGUGUCGAGUUGCUCUAGUUUGCAAUGCUUACCAAUCCGAAAUCUUGGGUCUACUGCUCUUACAACUGCGCAGUAAAAAGACCUAACUGUGAAAUGGCGAGCAUGCCAGGAUUUGGUCGAGAAAUAUCUGUGACACUUAUCAGAUACCAUUUUUGUCUGUAGACUUAUUGCCUGUAGAUUUAUUGCCUAUUCGUUAAUGAUUCCAAAUUUGUGUUUCGAAAUUUUAUAACUAGAGCUAUUUAAUAUCUCUGUAGCUUAUUUUGAACCAUUUUAAUGUGAAAUGAAUUUAUUUCUGAGAAAAUAAAUUUAUUUGCAUAUUUGAGCAAAACCCAUAGUAAAUAAUCAGUUCGCAAAAAUCUUGCAUUUUCCCAUCACCACUGGUGUUAAGAAAUCUUUCGAGAAGUAGAUAUGUUGUGUCUUGGUUUAGCCACUACCGAGAGCUCCUUUCGCCAAUACUAGACAAUAAAGCAUUAGUAUGACUUGCAGAGUUUUGGAGUGACGGCGUUACAAGAAAGACUUCUUCCUCGCUAAACAACGAUUGAACCGACUUUGGAAUACUGCCAAUAAUACUCUGCUAUUCUGUUGUCUCAGUAUACGACUGAAAGCAGUCAGAAAUAUUAAUAUCACUCCUGCUGUGUACUCGUAUAUUGCAAAUGUUCAGUUUCCUCCAUCGUCUAACAUACCUUUUCCUCAUAUUCAGACUCGAAUGCAAGUGUUGCAUGUGAAGCAAUAUAUACGAAGUGAAUAUAAUGGCAAUUAAAAGCACGUUAUUUACAUAACAACGUAAAAGCGCCAUACGGCCAAACGAGAGAACUAUGGUUUUCACAUUGAGAACAUGGGUAUUACAUUACACCUCCCUACUUUAUGAUGAAAAAAAUUUACUCAGAUUUUAGACAAACAAAAUAAUUGAGAGCGCUUUCUUACUUCAACAAUACUUUAGUUGUUACAUUACCGGUUCGUUACCCUC